GUAUCGCGAGAACGCGCGAGAACAUGGACGCAAGACAACAAAAAUAAAUUUGUGGACAACAAGCCAGCGAAUGAUGGCGGCGUCGCUGUUACGCCGGGAUAAGAAAGCUACUGCCGCUCACCUGAAGGCAGACUUAAAGCGGACUGACAACAGUGCUGCGCUCCGACAAAUUCACGAGCUCCUGGAUGACGUGCUAAACCCCGAAAAACCAGCCACGGACACCGAAGCGCUUGACUGGUGUAAAUGUCUAAUUGCAGGAGGCGAAGCAUUCGAGGAGUUCUGCAAAACGGUCCGCUCUUAUGACAACGCCACCCUGUGCGGCUUGGUCUGGACGGCCAAUUUCGUGGCGUAUCGAUGCCGGACCUGUGGAAUCUCCCCCUGCAUGUCACUGUGCGCCGAGUGCUUCAACAACGGAGACCAUACGAGUCAUGACUUCAACAUGUUCCGGAGCCAGGCUGGCGGGGCCUGUGAUUGUGGAGACAGUAAUGUCAUGCGCGAGAGUGGGUUUUGCAGACGGCAUCGGUUGAGAACAGGAGAAAACAUCCCGUCGAUUCCCAGAGAUCUUCUGAUGAUGUCAGAGUUGGUCCUCCCUCGCUUUAUCCUGUCUGUCAUACAGUAUUUGAGGGAUGGUUAUACAGAAGCAGACAGCUCAACUGAGAGAGAUCUACAAAAGGUUCUUCAGCAGCUGGAGCCUCAAAUCUCCUUCCUGGAAGAGCUCACCAAAAUGGGCGGAGCAAUGCGGACUGUACUAACCAAGAUUUUGACCAAUCAGCAAACAUUCAAGGAGUUGAGCAUGGGCCAAGCAGACAAUUUGUUUGCUAAAAAGAACUACGAGAAGUAUCUGGCAGCGUUGAGGAAUUCUGGCUUGGUGUCUGUGGAGGACAAGGCCCAAAGUACAGGUGAAGCCGGGGCGGAAGGAGGAGCUGACGCCCUACUUGGAUCCGCAGCACCGGGGAGCCCAGAUGAGUCGAGCAAAGAGGAGGAUCAAGACGCUGGACAAUCUGUCGGCAAGAGAAAGAGGGUCAAGCUGAGUAGCAGUACAAAAGACUUGUCUAUCAUUGAAUGUUUGAAGCAUAAAUGUUUUUUGGAGGAGCUCCUGUUUUGGACAAUCAAAUAUGAGUUUCCUCAGAAGAAGGUCACCUUCUUGCUGAACAUGUUGCCGGAUCAAGAUUACAAGAUCACUUUUACCAAAACGUUUGUUCAGCAUUACGCAUUCAUCAUGAAAACCCUGAUGAAAAGCCACGAGUCAGACACCAUGUCCAACCGUAUUGUACAUAUCAGCGUGCAAUUGUUCAGCAACGAGGAACUGGCUCGUCAUGUGACCGAGGAGUGUCAGCUGCUGGACAUCAUGGUCACUGUCCUCCUUUACAUGAUGGAGAGUUGCCUUAUUAAAAGUGAACUUCAGGAUGAAGAAAACAGUCGCCAUGUUGUGGUGAACUGCAGCGAGGCUCUGUUGAAGAAUAACACAUACUGGCCCUUAGUUAGUGAUUUUAUCAACAUCUUAUCACACCAAAGUGUUGCCAAAAAGUUCCUUGAAGACCAUUCCUUGUUGAUGCUGUGGAUGAGCUUUGUGUCUUUUUUCCAAGGAAUGAACCUGAAUAAGCGGGAGUUGAACGAGCAUGUGGAAUUCGAAUCUCAGACAUACUAUGCGGCGUUCGCGGCCGAGCUGGAGGCCUGCGCGCAACCCAUGUGGGGACUUUUGACGCACUGCAAAGUUAAAGAGACUCAGGAGUAUACUAAAACUGUGGUACGCUACUGUUUGGAGACACUUCAGAUCUGGUUCGAUGCCAUCAGCUUCAACGACGAGCCUUUGCCAAAUCAAGUGACAUUUCACUUGCCGCUCCAUCGCUACUACGCCAUGUUCCUGAGUAAGGCUGUGAAGUGCCAAGGCCUGGACCUGGACAGCCUCCUCCCUGACCAAGAGAUGCUGAUGAAGAUCAUGGUGCAUCCGUUGCAGAUUCAGGCAUGUCUGUCAGAGAUCCACAGCAACAUGUGGGUCAGAAACGGCUUGCAGAUUAAAGGACAAGCUAUGACCUACGUGCAGUCACACUUUUGUAACUCCAUGAUCGACCCCGACAUCUAUCUGCUACAGGUUUGCGCGUCAAGACUCGAUCCUGACUACUUUAUCUCCAGUGUUUUUGAAAGGUUCAAAGUGGUCGAUCUUUUAACUAUGGCGUCUCAGCAUCAGAACGCCGUGUUAGAUUCCGAACAGGAAAGACCGAUGCUGGAAGGCGCUUUGACCUUCUUAGUCAUCCUGACGAGCCUUCGCAUUCAUUUAGGGAUGACGGACGACGAGAUCCUUCGGGCUGAGAUGGUCUCGCAGCUGUGUAUGAAUGAUCGCACCCACAGCUCACUGUUGGACCUUAUUCCCGAGAAUCCCAAUCCGAAGAGUGGCAUCGUGCCAGGGAGCUGCAGUUUUGAGGAGAUGCUCUCUGCCGUGGCCGAUUUCAAAGCACCGGUGUUUGAGCCCGGAGGUUCCAUGCAGCAGGGCAUGUACACGCCCAAAGCUGAAGUGUGGGAGAAUGAGUUUGACCCCAUCAUGGUUGUUCUCAGAACUGUGUACCGACGCGACGUGCAAUCCGCAAUGGACCGGUAUUCAGCAUUUUUAAAGCAGUCAGGCAUUCACACGGGCAACCCGUGGCCUCCUUACAAGGAGAGGACGCCCUUGCACCCGUGCUACAAAGGCCUGAUCAAACUAUUGCACUGCAAGACCCUGCACAUUGUGAUAUUCACUCUGCUUUACAAGAUAUGGAUGGAUCAUCAGAAUAUGUCUGAACACGUGCUGUGCAUGGUGCUUUACCUAAUUGAGCUGGGCUUGGACAAUCAGGUUCAAGAUAACAAAGAAGAUGAGGAGCCUUGCAUUGAAGAGCACUGUCAUGACAGUUGGUUCCCCGGCACCAACCUCAUCUCCAACCUGCACCACGUCAUCAACUUUGUGAGAGUUCGAGUUCCCGAGACGGCGCCCGAAGUGAAGCGCGAGGCUCCGCCCAGCACCAGCUCGGAAGCGACUUCCUACGGCCAGAACUCCAGGCGUCUUUCAGCCAAUUGGAGAGAGAACCUGCGGGAAGCUCAGGUGUUCAGCCUGGUAGCAGAGCGCCGAAGGAAGUUCCAGGAGAUCAUCAACCGCAGCAGUUCGGAGGCCAGCCUGGUCGUCAGGCCUAAAAGUUCGUCCACUCGCUGGGUGCCGCCAGGUACGCCCCCGCAGCUGGUGACUGAGAUCCUGGAGAUAAGGGAGAGCAUGCUCUCCCUCCUGGUCAAGCUGCACCAGAAGCUGUCGUCCAAGCAGAACUCGCUGUCGGAAUCCUGGUUAGAUAAUAUGGACACCAGCCGUCACGCUCACGGCGAUGGCAUUACGGCCAUCGAGCGGAUCCUCACCAAGGCGGCCACGCGCAGCUGCCAAAUCAAGCGGAGCAUCCAAGACAUUUGCGGAAAGGUGUGUCCUCCUGUGCCACCAAAAAAGAACAGUCCAACAGACAAGAAAGCCAUGGACAAAGAAGAAAGGCGUCAGAGGGCUCGAGAGAGGCAACAGAAGCUGCUUGCCGAAUUUGCCUCCAGACAGAAGAGUUUCAUGGAGACAGCUAUGGAUGUUGAAUCACCAGAAACGGAGGCGGGCAUGGACCUGGGAACGUCUGAGGUGUUGGAGUCCGAAGUUCUUUAUGACUGCGUGAUCUGUGGACAGAGUGGACCCUCCACCGAAGACAGACCCACUGGCCUCGUUGUUCUCCUGCAGGCCUCGUCGGUGCUUGGACAUCGCUGCAAGAACGCAGAGGCAAAGAAUCUCCCAACCAGUGACGAAGAGCGCAUUUACUCCGCCGACACGUGUGCCGUGGCUCAUGACGUCCGACUUUCCCUCUUACAGCGGUUCUUCAAGGAUAGCUCCUGCCUGCAGUCGGUGUCCAUCGGUUGGGACGGGGGCGUCUACGUGCAGACCUGCGGACACACUUUGCAUAUCGAUUGCCACAAGUCAUACAUGGAAUCUCUGAGGAAUGAUCAGGUCCUACAAGGAUUCUCUGUCGACAAGGGUGAGUUCACCUGCCCGCUCUGUCGUCAAUUCGCCAACAGCGUCCUUCCGUGUCGACCGGGACGAAGCUCCGAGGCCGGCGCGUGGCACACUCCCACAAACAAAAAGACCAUUGUUCUAAUAAAGGAAGUGGAAGCUCUUCAAGACAAAUUAGGCCUUUUCCCAAUGGAGUCCAACUUGAGUAAAGAGAUGGAGUUGGUCAUCAAAGAUAUUAAGAACACGACCCAGAAGAAGUACAUGGACUAUGGCAAGAACCCUGGAUCCCCUGACAAUGAUUUCCUCUUCAUGUACUCCUUGGCAAGGACCAACCUGGAAUUAGAACUGGUGUACCGGGGAGGCAACUUGUGUUGCGGUGGUGCCAGUGCGGCCGCCAAGCGCUCUUGUCUCAAUCAGCUGUUUCAUGUGUUAGCCAUGCACAUGCGUCUGUACAGCAUUGAUUCAGCUUACAACCCCUGGACGAAACUGACUCAAUUUACACAAAGCAGAGAGACAGAUGGUUUUGAUGAGGAAAGACCCGAAGUACCCAUGCUGUUUCGAGAUGUUCCAUCCCUGCUGAUUAUCUUUGUGCUCACGAUGCCGCAGCCCCUGCGAAAAGAACAUUUUACCUGUGUGGUGAAGAUGCUCUACAACCUGCAGUUCAUCCAGGCGCUGGCGGCGCUCUCAAGCAAGCUGAGGCCGGAAGAAAGGCAGGCCUGGUGUUCGACUGGCGCAGCCAAAAAGGCCCGUGCAAAUGCAGACACAUCUUUUGAGGCGUUGCUCGGUCACGUUAUCAGCGAGUUGUCCAAAUGCGACAGUCUCUAUGCAGCCAACACGGAAGACAUCAUGCUGAGCUCCAGCGUGUGGUCCCCGCAGUCUGUGGAGUUCAGCCUCCAGCAGUACUGCCUGCCCUUCCUUCGCCUCGCCUGCCUUCUGCAGCAUCAUCUUUACGGGGACAACCUCACUGGCUGCUUGGAGCAGGAAGAGUUCUCGUCCCUGGCCAUGUGCUUGGGGCUCACACCUGCAGCCUCCGUGGCUUCAAAUCCUGUGAACAGUGCCUCGUGUCUGGAGUGGGCGGUCGGCGCUUUCGACUUGGUCACGCAGUGGUGUGGUGAGGUCAAAAGGCUCCCUCAGGUGCAGGCAGAGCAAGCGCUGACCUUGCUAGUUCAGGAUCCUCAGUGGGCACCGCCCCGCCUCCUCCAGCUGCCUGACAACUACAAUAUCAUCUUCCAGUACUACCACAGGAAAUCCUGCACUGUUUGUAAAAAGGUGCCAAAGGACCCCGCGCUCUGUCUCGUCUGCGGCGCCUUUGUUUGUCUCAAAGGGGUUUGCUGCAAGCAGCAGGGUAUCUGUGAAUGUGUUUUGCACUCCCAACACUGUGGCGCUGCUACGGGCAUCUUUCUACUGAUUAACGCCUCGGUCAUCAUCAUCAUCCGUGGACAUCGCUUUUGUCUCUGGGGUUCCGUUUACCUCGAUGCCCACGGAGAGGAGGAUCGGGAUUUACGCCGUGGAAAACCUCUCUUUUUGUGUGAAGAGCGAUAUCGAGUGUUGGAGCAGCAGUGGGUUUCACACACCUUUGAUCACAUCAAUAAGCGUUGGGGGCCUCACUAUAAUGGACUCUAAACAAAACAACCCACCCCCACUUAAAAACUGCAGCCCGUCACAAAGAAGAAGUCUAUUUGCAAUUUGUGUCUUUUUUUUUUUUUUUUUGCCCGAGUGUCUGCCAUGUUUGACUCCACUCAAAAUCUUCCACUAGUGUCGGUGCCAUGACCUCAAUUUGCGUGAAGUUUGGCGUACAAUCACGAGCCCGAAGGAUUAACACGUGUGUGCGUUUUAUUAUUUUAUCAUGUCGCUAUCAACAGAGGGGAAAAAAAGGAUUCGGACACAUGAAAUUCAAAAAAAAAAAAAAAAUGCACAACUUUUCCCAGAGAUGUUUGGAGUAGGCUGUAGAAGGCUUUGGUAUUUAUUUGGAUAUACUAUAUAAACAUAUAUAUGAUGAUUAUCCUUGCAAUAAUGCACCGUUUUUGAUGAUGAUAAUGAAUAUCCCUUUUUAAUCCCAGUUCUGGUGUGGGUUUCAAGCUCCUGACGGGUGCAGACGCAUUAUUACUAUAUGACAUCAACACACUAUGGCGUUUUCUUGCAAAAGAGAAAAAAAAAAAACAACUCUUUUUGUGGGUCUAGUUGCAAUCCAUCCUCAGGAAUUUUCUUUUUCUUUUUUUGGGGGGGCUGUUGGAAGUUUUAGAUAUUUAAAUAAAUGCUGCUGCUCAUUGUUCAAGUAAUUUUAACUUUUUUGUGAAGGUUGCGCAUUGAGGUUUUACUUGGGUCGCUGGGAAUGUUGGUUAAGACUCACACGCGGCCACGUUAUUACACUCACUGAAGUCUUGCCUGAGCUCUGCUUUUUUUCUUUUUUUCUUUUUUUCUGGGUACGUGUGGAGAAUAAGCUCAACAAAACCAUAUCAUUGCGCUUUGUUGUUGUUUUUUUUGCCCCUCAAUAGUGUUGCAGUUUAAUAUUUUUUUCAUGGUCCCCUUCCCGUGUAUUUUUUUAACAAAGAAUAAACAAUCAACAAUAUCAGAUGUAUUAUACCAAAAAAACGUAUGCUAAAAUGAGGGCAAACUAUGAAUUGAUAUAAAAGACAGUUUAGCAACUUCAGUUCGAGUUGUUUACUUACUGAAAGCUGUGACUAAAAAUUCUACCAAAUAAGCCAGAACAUUGUAAAUCAAGUCAAUCGGAAAAGUUGUGAUUUGUCGUUUCAUUCCAACAUUAUAUUUUGGCUUUUUAAAAAAAAAAAAUAAUUGGGAGACUCAUCACUUUACACUGUGCAUGACAUCUUUUGAGCCGCUAUUCUUGAAGUGUCUUAGCUUCUUUUCAAUCUUUUUUUUUGUGAGUAGAGUAAGUUCAUCCAGUCGUGCCUGUGAGACGAUUUGAUCAGAGUGAGGAUAAAGUAAGCGCCGGUAUUACUGGCAUCAAACGUGCUGCCGUUAUUUUUUUUCUUUGGUUUAAGUUGACACUUGAAUUAAAAAAAGUAAAACUUGCAGAAGUCACGCAUGCUGCUUUUAUGUUUACCACUUUGUCAUCACGUUUGCAGUACCCACUUUGUAAAUGGCCCCCAGCAAAUAGUCAAUGAGUGUAAAUUGUGAUGGAAAGCUCUCGUGUGUAUGAUUGAAGAGACAAUACAGUACAUUACUGUAGGUGCAGAAUCAAACUUUCUGAUUUUGGCCAGAAAGUACAACUUGGACAUUAAAUGCAACAUGUAAUAUAUGUGAAUAAAAUAUAAGCACACGA